AUGAACAGUAGAUGGAUAAAAUUAACAAAGGGGGAAGUUGAAGUAAAACAAAAGUACAGUAGAAGUAAAAUAGAUGGCCUGAAGGUUAUAAGAUGCAAUGGUUAUCAUGCAGAAUUAGUUACACUUACCGUUGAUGAAAUGUGGACAAAAGCUUGCAAAUUAUGGAGAAAGCAAUUAAAUACUAAUGAAUUUAAAGAGUGGUACCAAGAACAUGUUGAAAAUGAUGAAUGCCUAGCCAAUCACACCGGACCAUCAGGUAAUAUGGAAGUUAAUGCUGUUAUCGAAUUGUUCCGCCGAUCAGUAAAAAAUUACGGAGCAAAGAUCAGAAACUAUAUCGGAGACGGUGACAGUAAAACUUACGGCAAUUUAGUGAAAGCUAAACCUUACGGUGAAAAUUUUACUAUAAAUAAAAAAAAAUGUGUAGGUCACGUGCAAAAAAGGAUGGGUAAACGUCUACGUGAUCUAGUAAAUAAAACUAUAAAAAAUAAACUUGUAAAACCCGGAAAAAAUGCUGGUAAAACAAGGCAAAGUAAGUUACUCGGCGGCAAAGGAAAGCUCACUGGAAAAGUCAUUGAUAAUUUGAGUUGA